AAGAAACUGAAAAGUAGCUAGACCCAUCAAACUUUAGUCUUGAUCGUCGCAAUGGUACUUGUAAAGGAGCAUAUCGCAGAAACAUGGCGUAAAAUAAUUCAAAGCUCCCCGAAUAGGCGAGGGAAAUCGUGGGUUGUGUUUCGACAUGGAACUUGCGUGAUUCUCAUGGAAGGGGCGUCUAGCAAAGAGGAAGCAAUCACUCAAGCCACGCAGAUUAUUUCUGAAUAUGGUCCCGUUUAUGCUGGAACCCCGGCUGGAGAUUUUAAUAUUACUGAAAAUUCUGCAGUUGAAGGAAUAAUUGUGACUGGAUGGCAUUCAGAUGUUCUAAAUUACGUUGACAAGGAUGAACAAGGAGAUAACAUGAUGGCCAGUGCUUUGAUCGGAAGGAGCAAAAGGGAUCAAGACGGAAGGAAUCCUGAAGUUCUGCAUGUGGAAUACUCUAUUUAAGUGAUAUGGAUGAAAACAUUUUAAAUAAGUGUCGACGAAAAUAGCUUUCCUUUUUCAAUAGAGCAAACUAAAGGAAGAAGACAAUACCAUCUGAUGGUGAUGCACAAGCGAAUAAGCCAUGUCACGCUCGGAAAUGUGUUAGCAUAAAUUAAUGUAAAUUGAUGAAUAAAUUAAUGAAGAGUUAUUGCCGG